UCAAAUUUCGGGACCAACAGCGACAUUAUCAAAUUUGAAAUGGACACCAAAACACCCGAAAAAAUUUUGAUUCCAACAUAUUAUGAACCUACAAUAAAGGUUUAUUGGAAAAGAUGGCUGAUACUAUUGAUGUAUAUUGUGUCAGGUAUUCUGAGCACCUUCCACUGGGUCGAAUACUCGAUAAUUACUAAUUUAGUCACCAAGUACUACCAUCUUAGUACCAGUCAGUCUGAUUGGACCUCGAUAGUUUUUGCUUUCGUAUGGCCGUUUUCUAUGAUACCGACGUGUUUCAUCAUUGAUAAAAUGGGUUUAAGAGUCGCAGCCCUCAUAGGAGCCGUCCUAACUUUGUUAGGAGCUGCAGUCAAAAUAUUUUCCAUAGGAGAAAACCUAUUUUGGGUUGUUAUGAUUGGACAGACCAUAGUUGCUGUUUCGCAGAUAUUCAUCUUGACAUUACCGUCCAAACUAGCUGUUACGUGGUUUAAACCACAGGAAGUAUCGACAGCUUGUUCUCUAGGACUCUUUGGCUUGACGUUUGGCAGUGCCUUAGGAUUCGUAAUUCCACCGAUGAUAGUACGAGAUAGUGACAAUUUAGCCGAGAUUGGCAAUAACUUCAAGAUCAUGUGUUGGGCAUUAACAUUGGCUAUGGCACCAGUUACACUAGCUAUAUUCUUUUAUUUUCCAGCGGAGCCUCCGUAUCCUCCAAGCCAAGCUAUGCUGGAAGAACGACAGAACCGACAAACAGUUACGUUCCUGUCUUUCAUGAAAUCGAUAAAAAGUCUACUUCAAAGCAAAUCCUUCCUGUUGCACAAUUUGUGCUAUGCCUGUAAUGUAGGCAUUUAUUGUUCGAUUGGUACUUUACUAAACCAAUUAAUUUUAAGUUAUUUUCCGGGGGAACAAGAAGAGGCUGGCCGAAUGGGACUAGUAAUGAUCCUAACAGGAAUGGUUGGGUCCAUUUUAACGGGUAUUGUCUUGGACAAAACCCACAAAUACAAGGAAACUGCGUUUAUCAUUUUUGUGUUAACUGCUCUUUCCCUGGGAGGGUUAACGCUAGCAUUGGAGAUGAAAUCCAAAUGGAUGGUUUAUCUAGGAAUUGGUGUAUUUGGAUUCUUCUUAAAUGGGUAUUUGCCGGCAGGAAUUGAAUUCGCCAUAGAAAUGACGUUUCCAUCACAAGAGAGUACAGUAACCGGAAUACUCCUGACUACAUCUCAAGUCGUGGCUGUCAUUCUCACCAUUGUCUUGGGUAUCGUCUUAGAGAAAUUCGGUGCCUUAAUUUGUAUUAUAACGAUGAUUGCUGUGAUUGGUACUGGUUGUCUUCUAACUCUAUUUACGCCUAAUAAACUGAACAGGCAAAAAGCGUUCAUGAAGGAUAGAAACGUUUCUUUUACUCCUCUUAAACAAUAACAAUGAUAUUUGUUACUGUUACAUGCAAAUAUAAGGGGUACAAUUAUUUAAACUAAGAACUAAAUAAAAAAAUUACAAAAUUUCUUCUUAUGAUAGGCAAGCGUCACUCAUACCUAAAAUUUCUUUAUGACCAACGGUGUUCUACUGACUUUCGACAUUUUUUUUUCUGAUUAUUUGGGCUAGUUUCUUUAUACAUACAUUUUUCUUUUGUAGUGUCAUCCGUUUCUCUUUGGUUUAUGUGUUUUUGUUGCUGUGGUCUACCCGUGAGUGUGAGAAUUUGUCAUAAAUACAUAAAAUAGAUUUUGGUUCUCUAAAUACACUAUUUUUUUAAGUUGUUCUUUGUAACUACUUUGUUAUUGUAACAACCGUAUUUUUAACUGAGUGUCUUUGGCUUAAAUUUAUUCUUUGUUGUUCUUAGUUUGUUUUUUAUCUCUAGUCUGUCGACAUCUCCAAUUUUUUCAACAUGAUCUCUACUUUUCUUUCUUCAGUUACUUUUAGAAAAUUAUUAUCGGUAUCUAUAAAGCAAUUCAAUCAUUACCUAAUCAAACAAGUAAUAACUUGUAUCUUGCAGAUAAUAAUAAUUAUUUCCAUUAUUAUUAGUAUGUAAAUAGUGUAAUAAGUAUCUUCAGUAUUUUUUAGUGGCUUUAUACAGCAUUUUGUGAUAUAUGUUUUUCUACCGUUAUCCUAUGGAAUUAUGGUGGCAAUUAUAAAAUUAUUGUAAAUAAUGUAAAUGUUUUAUUACUAAUAAAAAAUAUUUUAUGUAUAACGCGA